AAAAGCUGCAGCCUGCAGCCUGCAGCCUGCAGCAGCAGCACAGCGAGGAGAGGGAAGGGGAGGAGAGGGAGGGAGAUUCAUGGCGACGAAGAGGGCGGUGUUGGUGGGUUGCAACUAUCCAGGCACCAAGGCCGAACUCAAGGGAUGCAUCAACGACGUCAACCGGAUGCACCGCUCCUUGGUGGAGCAGUUCGGCUUCGACGACCGAGACAUCACCGUCCUCAUCGACACCGACAAGUCCUACACUCAGCCCACCGGCGCCAACAUCCGCCGAGCCCUCGGCGACCUCGUCUCCGCCGCCAAGCCCGGCGAUUAUCUCUUCUUCCACUACAGUGGCCAUGGCACCCGCCUCCCUGCUGAGACUGGCGAGGAUGAUGAUACGGGCUACGACGAGUGCAUCGUUCCUUGCGACAUGAAUCUCAUCACUGAUGAUGACUUUAGAGGGUUUGUGGACAAAGUACAUCGAGGCUGCCGGCUUACCAUCGUCUCCGACUCCUGCCACAGCGGCGGCCUCAUCAACCAUGCCAAGGAGCAGAUCGGCGAGAGCACUAAGCACGGGGACCAUGCGGAAGAGAGUUCCGGUUCCGGAUCCGGCUUUGGUUUCAGAUCCUUCUUGAAGCAAGCUGUGCACGAAGCAUUCGAGUCCCGCGGUAUCCACCUUCCCCAUGAAGGUCGACACCUCAUAGGCGGCGACGACGGGGCCGCCGCCGAGCGCGAGUACCGGGAGCGCGGCGGCGAGGGAUAUUUCAAGAGCCGAUCCUUGCCGCUCUCCACCUUUCUUGAGCUCCUGAAGCAGAAGACAGGGAAGGACGACAUCGACGUGGGCAAGAUCCGGCCGACCCUCUUCGAGGUUUUCGGCGACGACGCCAGCCCCAAAGUGAAGAAGUUCAUGAAGUUCUUGCUCCACAAGUUCCACCGCCACGGCAACGACGGCGAGGGCAGCGGCGGAUUCUUGAGCAUCGUCGGGGGCCUGGCUCAGGAACUCCUGACGCAGAAGCUAGGCGGCGGGGAGGACGACGACGAGGAGGUGAAGCCGGAGGAGGUGUACGCGAGCAGCGGCAAGCACGGAGAACGCCAGGACAGCGGGAUAUUGGUCAGCGGAUGCCAAUCGGACCAAACUUCGGCGGACGCGAAUCCGGCAGGCGGGAAGGGCGGGGGGGCGUACGGAGCCCUGAGCAACGCGAUCCAGAGCAUCCUCCAGGAGAACGGCGGCGAGAUCUCGAACCGGAAGCUGGUGAUCCGAGCGAGGAAGAUGCUGGAGAAGCAAGGGUUCACGCAGCGGCCAGGGCUCUAUUGCAGCGACGAGAAUGUGGACGCUCCCUUCAUUUGUGACCCGUAGCGGAUCGAGAUUUCACGCAAUGCCGGAGGCGAAGAGUGUGUGGUGUUUGCUGGGCUGUCGAUUGCUGUUAUUUGCCCAAAAGGUCCAAUUACUAUUUGUGCCUAUGAAGUCCAAUUUAUGUGCUUUGGGUUGUGCUGUUUGUUUUUGUUAAUUUGCCAAAAAAACAAAGAGAGAGAGAGAGAAGAGUUAUUGAGAAUAAAGGGUAGAAUUAAAAUGGUGUGUUUUUUUUAAAAUAAAAUAAAAUAAAUAGUACUCAGCAUAUUUUUCAUCC